AUGUGUGCGUAUAAAGGAGAAGGAGUAUUUGUGGUUUCCUCUUCCCCGGGACUUCUGAAUGCUUCUGUGGAGGGAACAAAUAACUGUGAAGUUACCAGUGAGAUUUGGUAUGGCAGCAGCAUAACCUACUCAACGUUUGGCAAUACUGGUUGCCCAGUCCUUUCACCUAGAACUUGGAGCCCUGGAAGCCAAGAGCUGUAUGUUUUUAACUUGACCUCACUCACCAAGUCUGAAAAUAUCUUGUCAGCUUCAGUGUAUUAUUAUAUUGGUGAUCUGCUGAGUGCUAGCUGGAACUGUUCCCGAUCCAGAGACUGUUCUCAUCACAGGCACAGGAAACCUGAAAUUCAGAUUCAUCUUUCAGUUUGGACCUUGCCUUCUGUUGGGAACCGGACUCGGAGUCUGGGACAUUUCCUAAUAAAUGUCUCCACUGCUUACCGGGAUGUUCUUUCCUGGCAGUGGAAGGAUAUCACUCAGGUCCUGCAUGAGGCAAAACAAAACAAUGAACUUCUGAUCAGUGUCAAAAUGGAUCUGACUAGCCAUCACCCCUGGAAAAGGGCACCUUCUCGCUACGAACCCUACAUUCUGGUAUAUGCCAAUGAUUCUGCUAUUUCAGAGCCGGAGAGUGUUGUCUCUAGUUUGCAAGGGCACCGUAAUCCCCUGGUGAGGAUCUUUCCCAGGACAGAAAACCAUGUAAAGAGCAGCCUUGGCAAGCGACGGCGGAAACGCUCCACAAACGUCCUGUUGCCAUUGCAGAACAAUGAGCUUCCAGGAGCCGAGUACCAGUACAACGAGGAUGAGAGAUGGGAAGAUAGAAAACCCUACAAAACCCUCCAGCCACGGCUGGCAGAGAGGGCAAAGAGUAAGAAAAAGCAGAGGAAAAACCAUCACCAGAAGAGCCAGACUCUCCAGUUUGAUGAACAAACCUUGAAGAAGGCAAGGAGAAAGCAGUGGAAUGAGCCAAGGUACUGCGCCCGGCGCUAUCUCAAGGUGGAUUUUGCAGACAUAGGCUGGAGCGAGUGGAUUAUUUCCCCUAAAUCCUUUGAUGCCUAUUACUGCUCAGGAGAAUGCCAGUUCCCAAUUCCAAAGGCCUUGAAGCCCUCAAAUCAUGCCACCAUCCAGAGUAUAGUGAGAGCGGUUGGGGUCGUCCCGGGCAUUCCCGAGCCUUGCUGUGUUCCUGACAAAAUGUCUUCUCUUAGCAUCUUAUUCUUUGAUGAAAAUAAGAAUGUGGUUCUUAAGGUCUACCCCAACAUGACAGUGGAGUCCUGUGCAUGCAGAUAACAACUCAGCGGACCCUUUUGAAAUGCUGAGGUGAUCGGUUGCUAUUUUGUUAUUGUUUUUCAUGAUUUCUACUUUUUGUUUGCACUGCCAAUGCAUUUCAUUCUGAAAAAAGAAAAUAAACAAAUCCGAAUAAGAGAAUGGAGUGGAUUCUGAAUAGAAAUUCCAAGGAAGGGCAAUAUGAAAACUUAAUGCAUCUUUGGAUUUGACCAAGAGGUAAGUCUUGGCAAUGGGGACUGACUGUUUCUGUUGAAAUACAGAGAUGAAAGAGAAAUUUACAGAAGACUCUUCAAGAUUUUAGAGACUGUCAGAAGGACAAAUUGAUCUAUUUUUGUACAAGAUUUUGGAAAGAGCAGUAGCUGUUAAUUCUUGUCUCCGUUCUUCUAGUGACUAAUGGGAAUGGAGAUUAGAAAUAUACUAUUCAUUUUAAAGCUAAGCUUUCUGCUUUAGAUUACUGAUUAGAGCGCAGCAAGUAAGAAAAAAACUAAACAAAUCCAACUUUCUAAGAGCCUUAGAUAAUCCAACUAAGACAUGUAUUUCCUCAGUAUGACAUGUCACUGAUUGUGUAUGUAUAUUCAUUUUCAUUAACAUAUUCCUUGUAAUUCAACUUUUUAGAUCUCAGUCACCUCAGUCCAAAGAAACAAACCCAUUACUGCUGCAUUUGAAAUUGUAGUAUCUCAAAAGCAAAGACUUUUCUUUCAUGCCACUGUGAAACUCAGUGGGCUAAGGAUAUGAAAGUACCACACUCGGUGAAGCAGCUGAGUGACUUGUUCGUAAGAAAUAUUCCAUAAAAUAUUUGCAAAUAAUCUAUGCACAAAUUAUGGUAGUUGAUUCCUGACGUAAAAUUAUUUGGUGCAUAAUUCUUGAUCUGUAAACUUUCACUAUGAUUAAUUUAUCAAAACUGGCUCUGGUUGGUGAGUUUUAAUUGGUUACAUUAAUUUGAUGUAGCAUGUUUUUCUUCUCACCUUGGUUCACUUCUGCUCUUAAAAUCAAAUUUGUUGCACCUACGCUGUCAAUUUAAGAAUUCUUUGCAGUAAGUUUUGCACAAAAAAAUAUAAAAUAUGCUUUCAAUUAAUUUAUCCAUCAGCAUAUUCAUUUGGGAAACUACUAGCAGAAAAAAAGUCUAAUGGAUCAUAUAUAUAACUGCAAAGAGCUCAUUCUGUUAUCUGAUGACUAUUCACAGAAAUACUUAGAAACCCCAGUUCCAUUUCCACCAACAUAAUCUAGAAAGGAUAAUGUUUUUUUAAAGCUUCUCUGGCUGGCAAGAACAAUGUUUAGAUUGCACUGAGGAUCAAUGCUGAAUAACCUUUUCCAUAAGUUAUCUACGUGACUUUAUGAAAUGGUGUCCUUAAAUAGCAAAUAUGCAUUGUGAAUAAAUUAAUUUCUAGUCAUCAUGAGAGUUAGAUUCUCUACUUUGGAGUCAGCAGUUUCUUAGUAUAUUGAAGGUGAUUACAAUAUUCCUCUGUAAAUGCUUUUUUUGCAGGUUCAUUGCUAUUUGAGGCUAUUUCAAACACUCAGUCAUUGAUUUUUGUAUUUGGUCACUGGUGCUAUCAUGUUUACCAACCUGAAUAAUGUGCAUGUUUGUGAGAGGUGUAGACUUGGAACAUAAUAAUCUAUGAAUUCUUUCAGCAAUCGCUUUUUACCUGCACAAAGACCAAAUUGAAGUUGACAGGAAUUUCACUUCAAAAAAGAACCACAGAUUAGGCCCAGAUGCAAGUUACGCUUGCAGCCCUUCCCUUAUCCUGCUUGAAUAGCAUACCCCUUCAGUCAGAUUCCCAAACAGUGUAAUUUGAUACCUUUUUAUGGGCUCUAGUUAAGUGAUAUUAAUUAGCACAGCCAGCAGACCUGAUUGUUGUAUGUUAGGUUUCCAAGAGCUCUGCAGCAGAAUAUUGCCUUAAAGGAUCUGUGUCAUGGAACUCUAGGAGAAAAGUCUCCCUUUCCAGACAACAACUAUCAUCUUCAGCACAUAGGAGUAGAACUGCCAUGAAAACAAAAUAGUAAAAGUACAAAGCUGUGUACAUUUGAUCGACUUCUAUACGCAGGAGAAAAGUUAGAUAUUCUGUGUGCAAAUCAGACUUAACAACUGGAGGAGAAAAUACUAUGCUUUUCUUCUGACUCAAGUGGAAGACAGUUGCAGACAACAAAGAGCUGUUCCCUGCCCAGGACUCGGGGGAUUGCUGUGCUGCUGUGUGCCUUGGUGACGAAAAACAGCCCGGGGGGCUGAGCCGUGCGAGCAGCUGCAUGGGGCUGAGCCUUGCGAGCUCGCGUCGCGACUUUACGGACAGUCCCGAGCACCGACGUACACCAGGCUGCCCGUACGGCAGGACUCACCUUGUGACCUUCUCGCCGUUGGCCCGCUCCUCGGCCUGGUGUCCCUGGGAAACUCGGAGGUUGCCUCUGGCGGAGCUGGAGGCAGGCUCGGACGACCAGUGGGCGGUAGGCCCCGCAAGCAAAAACAGGUGCUGCUUUCUGAUAGUUGUCUUUUGUAAGAGCUGCAAAGAUAAACAUGUAUCUUAUCCAAUGAAGUGUGAAAAUGGCUGCUAAUAAAAACCAAAAACCAAAAACAUGCAAACUCAAACAAUAAACCUAACCAAAUCUAAGCCUCAGCUUGUAGAGAACUUGUCACAGAAGAGCAUUCACACAGCCUUACGAGGCCACCUUGGCUACAUGACGACGCUUCCCGUUGCUUUCUUCAAAGUCAAGUGGCUGGCGAGGAGUGACGCUUUCUCACCAUAAUCACUUCCUUUACAAUAUUUUCAAUGUCCAGUACAAGGCUAAAUGCUCUUGUCCUCCCCUUGUCCUCCGUAGAAAGGUGGGAGCUGCUCAGCAAUUCUUCAGGGCUGGAUUUCUCCCCAAACCGCCUUGUGUUAGGAUUACAACACACUCCCUUCAUAGAGCAGCAAAAGACUACGUCCUCCCAAACACAGAGCACAGCAGAAAGCACCUGGCAGCUGUCAAACUCCCCACAGGAGGCUGGAGAGUCACCACACUGCAACGACCCUGCUCCCUAGGGGAAGGGCAGCCUGUCCCCAGGAAACCGGCAAGGCAAGGCAAGGGGGUGCAGGCCCCAGCGUCCUGCGUCCUGGCAGGGAGCGGGAGCUGCUGAGCCUUUGGGCAGAAGGUCAGGACUGUGCCCAGCUCCGGUCAGUCUGCGCAUGGUGCCUUGCACAAGCGGCGGAAUGGGGCCCUCAGAGGAUAACAUGGAGAUCAGGUGCACCCUGGCCCACCCCUUGGGUGGCAGCAGAGUCAUCCAGAGUAGACUAGGGCACUCGGCAACCAGGCUUCACAGCUUUUGCAUUCCAAAAGGGAAGUGCUACUAAAUGCAGGUGCUUACCUGGCACGCCAGUCCGGGACCACAGUGGUUGAAGUCACUCUCUGGAACUGAAGCUGAGUUCAAGGCUACGAGGGAGCCUUUCCAGUGCUGUUACAAGGCUGUCUGGAAAUGGCUUAAAAAGCAUCACCUGAAAAGGAGAGUGAAUGCGUUACAUUUGGUUUUCACCAGAGCACAUCCAGGCUUUGUCAUUAACCUUGGCAUGUACCAAUAGGUACAAUCCUCUGAGUAAAAUGUGAUCUACUUCUUCCAGCUAAACACUCUGAGCGCUCUCUUCAGUUAACCACAUAUAUGAGACGUUUUAUGCACAAGACUUGUUUUUGCAUUUGUAUUCCUAAGUGAAUUUUCUAAAUAAAGCCAUGUGUAUCAUCAGUAAUGUAUUAAUCACAUAAACAAUGAUCUCUGUAUAUAACUAUGUAUUAGUAGGGACUUUAAAAUAAUUUACAACUAAUGUUAUUAAUCACCAUUUUAGUCCUAAAUAAGUGUGUGGGACUCUUCCCCCUUAUUCUAUAUUUUGGCAAUACUAUUGAUUGAUAAAUGGCUACGCUUUCCAUCUAACUAUAACGUAUUUAAUGCCAGUGCGUUAUUUCUAUGGCUGGCUCAAAAGAUGGCCAAGAGAAUGGCUUGAGCUGUGGAAGCUCUCCCUUCGGAUAGGCUGUCCUGAAGGAUGCAGCACUGGCCUUGCUCUGCCAAGGACUCCACUGGGAGUAGAGUCCCCAGUGAGUAGCAGUCUAUGAGCACAGCACUGCAGAAAGUUCUUGAAAAUCUCACUCUUUAAGGCUGAAUGGGAAAUCUCAUGGUACACGGUAAUUGUGCAAAAUAUGGGAUGCAAAAUAAAACAUAUUUAUCCUGCAGUGUGAUACCUUGACCCAGGAGAACUGUCAAUUAGAAUGAAUGAUACUGUUCCCCUGAAGAGUUACAAAGGUGGGCUCCAGGUUUUUAAUUUGUCUAGGACCCUGAACUUGCAAGGAGCUGAGCACCCUUCAUGAGAUGCCAAGCACCCCGAGGUUUCCAAUCACUGUGCACCACUCCAGAAUUGGCCCAAAAGCUUCGAAUGCGCACCUCUGAGGAGAUGCUUGAUAGUUUGCAGGAGACUGACAUGUUGUUAAGCAACUCAUUUCUCUUUGUAGAAACAGCCUUUGUAAAUGAUUUCUGUUUAGAGGUUAAUGCUUGUACAGACAAUGCCAGUUUAAAAACAUUAAAAUUACCAAAAAAAAAAAAAA